ACAAAGCAAAGUUGAUUUUGAUCAAAUUCAACCUCAACAUUAUAUUUUGUACUUUUCUAUAGAUACGUAUUGCAUUACGUUCGUGUAAAGAGAUAAAUUUCCAUUUCAGCACCACUUUCACGAUGGACGAUCAAGCUUGUCCUCGUUGUAAAACUACGAAGUACAGAAAUCCAUCUUUGAAGUUGAUGGUAAACGUAUGUGGACAUGCUUUGUGCGAAAGCUGUGUUGAUCUUCUGUUUUUGAAAGGGUCAGGAUCAUGUCCAGAAUGCAACGUUCCUCUGCGGAGAAGCAAUUUCCGUGUCCAGCUCUUCGAGGACUCUAUGGUGGAAAAGGAAAUAGACAUCAGGAAGCGAGUUCUUAAGGAUUACAACAAGAAAGAAGAAGACUUUGCCACUCUCCGUGAAUAUAAUGACUAUUUGGAGGAAAUAGAGACUAUUAUCUUCAAUCUCACUAAUAACAUUGAUAUUGUUGGCACAAAUAAAAGAAUUGAGCAGUAUAAGAGGGAUAAUAAGGAGCUCAUUAUGAAGAAUAAGGUUAAAAUUGGCCGUGAAGAAUUAGAGCUGGAAGAGAUCCUGGAAAUAGAGAAACAAAUGGAAGACCUGCGUCGCGCUGAGGUGGCUCGCUUUGAACAGGAAGCCAAGAAACAGAAGAUACGGGAGAAAGAAGCAUUAAUAGAUGAGCUGAUGUUUGCUGAAGGAGAUGCUAAGGAUAUAUUGAACACAUUCGCACAGAAUGCUAUAGCUAAUAAACAGGAAAUUGAAGCUCUGCCUGCGCUACCUAAAGUGACCCAAUUCUCAUCUGGCGUGAAGUUCAGUCGAGCCAGCACCCAGCAGUCAAUACCGAUCAUAGAGGAAGGUCCUCUGUACCGGUACGAGCCACCGGCCAUCCCAGACCGCUGCGGGCCGGACCCUCCCUCGCUCAAAGAGAUUGUCAGCAAUGGCUAUCUGAAACAUGUUCGUUCAGAAAACGAAACAGAACGGGCCGGCGGCUACUCCUCAACUCUGCCGUGUCUACGGGCCCUACAAGACGCACUGUCAGGCCUGUACCACGCCAGUUGACCCGCGACCAAUCAGCAGCCGCCAUCGGACAUAACCGCCAUGGAUAUGGACCAUACGGAUCUAGUAAUAGUGCUGGACUGAACGGUGAUUGGACGAAUGGUUGUGCGGUGUUUUUGAUUGGUUGUUUAAGGGUUGUAGUGCGGAUUUAUUUGCCUCGCAUGUUUAGUUAUAAUAGUAUGAAUGUAUACUUUUAUAGUAAUACGUGGAAAAAUCAAAAUGUUUAAAUUUUAAAUCCGCACCAUAUUAAAAACACCUACAUGUUUAUUUUUAGCUUUGUUGAGUAGUUUCUUCAACUGCCGUGGCGCUAGUGCAGCAUAAAGGUUUCUCAUAUGAAAGAUUACCUUUAUAAUAUGGAGAUAGUGCUAAGACUGAAUGUGUGAUUGGGACCUAUAUGUUGUUAUAGUAUAAUGUUCUUUCAUAUACAUACAUUAUUUGUAACUUCAUACAAGACAAGUCACCGGUAAAAAAAAACCUAAUAGGCAGUACAUUAUGGUUACAAUUCUCGAAUACUUAUACUGUAAAACCUUACCACCUAAUUACCAUACAAGUUCAUACAACCAGAUAAUUUCAUUAAAGUAUUUUCAGUUCAUCCAUUUCUGCAUGGUUUCAAAAAACAUUGGUAUUAAUAACUUUAUAAAUUACCGACUUUUCUUGCAACUAUUCACUAGUCCAAUAUUUUGGCCAAAUGGGUUGGCUUACAUCGGAUGAUCUGUGAUUUAAGUAGGUCUAAGGUAAAAGUAGUUCCUUCUAGGUACCUAGAAAGGACUACUUUACCUACUACAUCUCUUUAAGAUUACUUAAUACCUAAGGAUAAAUGUAUAU